UAUUCCAAAACCCAUCGAGAAAACUGAAAACCCCAAAGCCCCAAAGUUUUUUUCCCCUGUUUCAUACUAUAAAGCAUUCCAAAACCCCAAAACCCCACGAGAAAACUGAAAACCCCAAAAGCCCAAGCUCCUACCGUUCUCUCUCUCCCUCUCUAUUCUUAUUCUCAAUCCCCAAGCCACACGACCUAAAUCAGGAAUAGAAACAGAAAGCUAGUUAUGAAUCAAGAACGAGUGAUCCUCUUCUGCGGGCAUAUGUGCGAUGAACCUUUCGUCUACUCAAGCGAUGAUGAUUAUGGCAAGACUAUGAUGUCUUGGUUUACUAUGUUGGCUCCAGAGAUCCGUGCUGGACCAUCAUCAUCGGGUAUUUUGUCUCCUUCUUCGGGUAUUUUGUCUUCUGAUUCAUCAUCUUCUCCUUUGAGAAAGCGAAAGAGAAAUACUCCUCCUACUCUUUCUCCGUUUACGGUCUUAACACUUCCGACGGCAACGUUCUUCACGGCAGUGGGCACAUCUAUCUUCAUUUUUCGCAACGGAGUCAACAAAAUAAUUACAUUUAAGAACUCCGGUGACGGCGAUUGGAAGCUCGCUCCGCCGAUGAAGUAUCCUAGAAAAUCCCCGCACAUCAUUGUCGUGGAUGGUAAGUUAUACGUUAUAGGUGGAUUAAAAAAUCCUAUAGUUUUUCCAUUACCUGCCUUUAUAGAGGUUUUUGAUCCGAAUAUUGGAAGUUGGGAAUCCUUGCCUAAUCCUAAUCCUGUGUACCCAAAUCCUUCAUUCUAUCAACCUCCUUCAUUCUAUCAACCUAGGGAGAUGGUGACCGCCCUUCUUAAAAACAGAAACAUUCUUGUUACCUCCUACAUUGAUUCUGUUUCUUACAUCUACGAAAUCCCUAGCCGCAUUUGGUCUCCUGCUCUACCUAUGCCCAACCUAUCUAGAGUGGAUUUUCAUUUGGCACGCUAUAAGAUUAAAUCGGUUAAUGUUGAUGACAUGUUGUAUAGGAUUUCCUUUGACCACGUUGGUUGUUAUACCAAACAUUUGGUUAUUCAGGCUUUUAAAUUAUCUCUAGAUCAGUGGUUUGAGGGCUGCCUGAAUGUUGAAAGUGAAAUUUUUGGGGAGUGUAAUGAAAUUCUAUUGGAUGAAUAUCCUUGCUGCGGUCUUAUGCAUUUAGCAGAUCAGAAAUUCUGCCUACUUCUUCAAUCUUCCUACAUAGAGGAUGGCAACGGCAAUGGCGAUUUUGAUAGGAGGAGAAGCGCCUUUUUCAAACGUCGUUCUGCAUCUUCUUCUUAUCUGUAUUCCGUGGUUCUUGAAAUUUCACCUAUAUUAGACAAGCCCAUGGAUGUUGAGGGUUUCAUGGGGUUGAAAAUUGUUGUUCUGUCCACCGAAAAGUAUCGCCUGGUUCGUCCAUUAGUAAUUCAAGAUGCAAUGUUGGUGGAUAUUACAUUUCAUCCAUCAAAUAUGCUAGCCUUGAGGGAUAUGAACAGGUGCAAUGAGUCGUUGCUAAAAGAAUUUGGGAUGGCCCAACCCUCUAAGGAGGAGCGUGAUGAACUCCUACGGCAGCGUGAUGAACUCCUACGGCAGCAUGAUGAACUCCUAAAGCAGUAUGCAGCAUGCUAAACGAAUUAUGAAUUUGGGAUCGCCCAACUCUCUAAGCAGUAAGGAUUGUGGCAUGUGCUCCUAGGCUCUGAUUAUUUGUUUUCUACAUGUGAGAGUUGUAGAGUGUAGAGCUCAUAAUGUUCGAAUACACCUACUAAAGCAGAAAUCUCUCUCUCCCUCUCAACAAAGUAAAACUAUUUACGUUUUCUUUUUCAAAAUCUCAUUUUUUUAAUGUGGUUUUUUUCAAGCUUUCUUGGCACUGUUGCGCUUUGGAAUGUACUUCUUUGCACUAUUGUUGCUUACCUCAAUUGUAUUUCUUAAAUAUGCAUUGUACAUAUUGUCACUGUUGCUUAUUGAAGCUUUCAGUUUUUUUAGCAGAUAUUAUAGGGUUUGAUCCUUGUCCAGAUGGAUCCCUUGCAGGAGAUGCAAAUUGAGUUGCUUGUGGUGACUCUAUGGCCUCCCAAAUUCAAUUUUAUAAGUGCAUUAGGAAAUCUUAUCC